GGAUAUAGCAAAAACAUGAGGCCACAGCCCACAGGUAUCAAAUAGGUAACUGAAUUUUUGAAACAUCCCUGUCGAUUUUUUGAAGAUACAGUGGCAAAUAAUUGAAACAAUAAUAACACCAGCUAUUCAUCUUUUAUUUGUGACAAUAACAUUUGCAUUUGUCAUUAAAAAUUUUCUAUAAUUUUUUGCUUCAUGGAAAUUAACGAGACGAGCAUAAUGGAAGGUGGGCCAAACCCGUGCAUAGCCCUUGACGAUCAAUUUCGCUACAACUAUCAAUUAGUUGAGAGGCUUCAAGAGUCCUUAUCACCAAAUGAACAAAAUAAGAUUCAAACUUGGUGCGAAAAGCUCCUGACGAUGGACCAGAAUGUGAAUCAAAUGGAAUUGCGUUGCGAGUAUAUGUGGUUCAUUUUUAUUAUGCUUCAAGCUGGAGGUGUGAGGGAUCCUUUUAUGCAAUUACCACCGAUUGAGCUACCGCCUCUGACUCAAUUCUUGCCAUGGCAAGUAUAUGACGAAGUCCUGCUGAGCAUGGAACCUCGAAUGAAUUUAGAAGCUAAAGGUGAAAAUCAAACCUAAAAUACAUAUUGUAUACAAAAAUGUUGCAAUAAAAAUAACCACUAAUCUAAAG